UUUGAUACAACUCUCCUUUCCUCAUCCGUUCCCAGUGUGGAAAUAGGCGAGAGCGUACGCGGGGAGGAUGUCUACAUUGUGCAGAGCGGCUGUGGUGAAAUCAAUGACAAUCUGAUGGAGCUCCUUAUCAUGAUAAAUGCCUGUAAGAUUGCCUCAGCCAGCAGAGUCACAGCUGUCAUACCCUGCUUCCCUUACGCUCGGCAGGACAAAAAGGACAAGAGUCGUGCUCCAAUCUCUGCCAAGCUGGUUGCAAACAUGCUGUCUGUGGCAGGUGCUGAUCACAUAAUCACCAUGGACCUGCAUGCAUCUCAGAUUCAGGGCUUUUUUGAUAUCCCUGUUGAUAACUUGUACGCUGAGCCUGCUGUACUGAAGUGGAUCAAAGAGAACAUCGCGGAGUGGAAGAACUGCACCAUUGUUUCGCCAGAUGCUGGUGGAGCCAAGAGAGUGACCUCCAUUGCAGAUCGAUUGAACGUAGACUUCGCCCUCAUUCACAAGGAGCGCAAGAAGGCCAAUGAAGUGGAUCGCAUGGUGCUGGUGGGUGAUGUGAAGGACAGAGUGGCCAUUCUGGUCGAUGAUAUGGCAGACACAUGUGGUACCAUCUGUCAUGCUGCGGACAAGCUUGUGUCAGCUGGAGCCACCAAAGUUUAUGCCAUCCUAACUCACGGGAUCUUUUCUGGGCCAGCAAUUUCUCGGAUCAAUAAUGCCUGUUUUGAGGCAGUUGUAGUCACAAACACAAUACCCCAGGAGGACAAGAUGAAGCAGUGCCCUAAAAUCCAGGUGAUUGACAUCUCAAUGAUCCUAGCAGAGGCCAUCAGGAGGACUCAUAAUGGGGAAUCUGUCUCCUACCUAUUCAGCCAUGUCCCUUUAUAACAACAGAUGCCAGCUGCUGCUUGUAUGGCUUUUUUUUUUUAAAAACCAAAAGUUGUUCAGCUUGUUGUAAAGUUCAGUAGAAGACUCUGCUUGUUCCAGUGCAGUUCUCCACAGCUCCUCCU